AAUACCUUCGAGAGAGGGCGGGGAAGGACCGGCCUCGGUAGCCGCUGUAAACCAGCUGGGAGCUACUUGGCAUCAGUUGAGAGAGAGAGAGAGAGAGAGAGAGAGGAAGAGAGAGAGAGAGAGAGAGAGAAGAGGAAGAAGAGAAGAGAGAGAGAGAGAGAUAUGGAUUGGUUGCUUGGUAGGAAGGGGCCAUCAGGCUUCUCUUAUUCUUCAACAGCAGAGCAAGUAACAGAGGGCAUCGAUGCUACUGGUCUUACUGCCAUUGUUACAGGUGCUUCAAGUGGUAUAGGUAUUGAGACUUCUCGUGUACUUGCUUUGAGAAGAGCAAAUGUAAUCUUGGCUGUCAGGAAUGUGGCUGCUGGUCAGGAAGUUAAAGAAACAAUAAUUAAGCAGAAUCCUUCAGCAAAACUUGAUGUUAUGGAGUUAAAUCUUAGUUCUAUGGCAUCCGUGAGGAAGUUCGCAUCUGAAUUCAACUCCAUGGAUCUUCCUCUAAACAUUCUAGUUAAUAAUGCAGGGGUUAUGGGAACACCAUUCCAGCUUUCUGAGGAUGGAAUAGAACUGCAAUUCGCCACGAAUCACAUAGGUCAUUUCCUCCUGACGAAUCUUUUAUUGGAGAACAUGAAAACUACGGCAAGGAAAUGCAAAACAGAAGGAAGAAUAGUGAAUGUUUCUUCUGAUGGUCAUAAAUUGACAUAUCGGGAAGGAAUCUGGUUUGAUCAAAUCAAUGAUAAGUCAGGGUAUAGUUUUAUUUUCGCGUAUGGCCAGUCAAAGCUUGCUAACAUACUGCAUGCUAAUGAGCUUGCAAGGAGAUUAGUGGAAGAAGGGAUAGACUUAACUGCAAACUCAGUGCAUCCAGGAGCCAUAGUAACUAAUCUUUUGCGCCAUCACAGCUUUCUAAAUGGUAUCGUGAAUAUGUUCGGCAAGUAUGUUCUGAAAAAUAUACAGCAGGGAGCAGCAACCACAUGCUAUGUUGCAUUGCAUCCGCAAGUCCAGGGUGUCACUGGAAAAUAUUUUGCAGACAGUAAUUUGGCGAAACCAAGCUCACAAGCCAUGAAUCAGGAGUUGGCCAAGAAAUUAUGGGAUUUCUCAAUGGGCCUGAUCUGUUGCUGCAUCUCUUAAUUCGUAAAUGAAUUGAUGCUUUUCAAGGAUGAGCUUGGGUACUACAUCUUCCAGUUCAGGAAUUUGCUGGCUUUCUGAAAUAUUUUGAAGCAAUCAAAUUGUGGAGUUCAAUUAAGAACAGGGAAAAUAUGGGGGUGUACAUAGGAUUUCACAAAAGAUAUGGUUUUUUCAUGUUAUUUUUACUUAAUUGCAUAAAAGAAGAAAUUCUAUGAUGUUCUGAUAA